UUUUUAUUCAAAAACAACUAGAAAAAAAUAAAAAUCAACAAAAAACAUAAUUUUUUUUUAAAAAAAGAAGUUAAAAUACUGUAUUACAAGUAUAUGUCAAUGUCAUACAAGGGUCUAUUUUGAUGCAUAUAUUUAGGGCAUAAGACUCUUGUCAAUAUUAAAAAUGGCUCAAAUUAGAAUUAUUAUAUUUAUAUUAUUCCUACAUAUUGAAACUAGACACUCCACACAACAACCUGAAUUACCAGCCCUAUGCAAAAUCAGUGAAUUAACUUAUUAGGACCACCUGCAUCCUUUCUUAAUUCAGGAGUAGUCAAUUGACACAUCAGACUUAUUAGGGCAUCCACCAAAAGGUGUUCUUCAUCCCCAACUAGGCCGGCCUAGGUUGGUUGGUUGGUUGGUAUCCUCAUAUCUGUUUUUAAUGUAAGAAGUUGGAGAAGUCGACUUUGAGUCUAGAAUUAUCACAUCUUAUCGCGAGUAAUUUAUGAAAGAGAGAAUUAUCUCGUGCUGUGUCGAGUCACCGGUUGAAUUCCGAAUAGAAAAAAAAAAAAAAAAAAAGUACAAUUGAUCUUUUUGUGAAAGUAUUGAUUCCAACCUUAUAAUUGGUAUAUGGAAUAAUCAUAAACUGAUCUGGAUGAAAAUUGGUAACAUGAGUGUUUUCAUUUAAUUAGUAUAUUUCUACACAGUAAGCAGAAGACAGAGAGAGUAAAUUUAACAGAGAAAUGAAAGUAGCAUGUGGAAAGAGACAAACUUUCAGUUUCAGUUAUAAGACAGAGCUUGGCGCCGAAAUUCUUUCCUGAGAACAGUUUUCUCGUUAAUGUAGAUAUACUUGAUUGGUCUCAUAAUAUAACGUGAAAAAGUUGGUAAUGCAUCGAAUCAUGUAAGGGCAUGUGGAUGGGAUUAUUUCAAGAUUCCUAGAGAAAGGACAAGAAUGAAGCAUGGCAUAAUUUGCAAUUCCGUAUAUAGACAGAUAGAGAUCAGUGAGUUCGAAAAUCUUCAAUGGAACGGUAACAAGAAUACUUUGAUGACACAGGAAAAGAAAAAAGGAAAAAAAGAAAAAAGAAAAACAAAUAAAAAGUGCAAAGGGUAGUUAGGGCUAGGGGGGUGGUGGUGGUGGUGGCUGCCUCUUUACUUUGCUUUUUCUCUCUCUCUCUUUCUCUCUCUGUAACUUUUUGUCUUCUUAUCAAAACCCCAGUCUCCCUCCUCCUUUCAUUUGCCUCUCCUGUCAAUCCUUCCUUGGCUCUCCCUCUCUCUGCUUUGGACCUUCUUCUGCUCAAGUUAUUUGGUUUCUGAAGACUGGGUCUCGUAGUUUCUUAUUUUUGCUGGGAUACGAGAAGGAAGUUUUUCUUUCUUUUUCUUGGUUUUCUCAUUCUGUUCAUUUAUUUCUUUUAUCAAGAAUCAAAUCAAGAAGAAGGUCCAUAGAGAGACAGAAAUUAAGUUGAAUGGCUCCUGUUUCAUUGCCUCCUGGUUUCCGUUUCCACCCUACUGAUGAGGAACUCGUUGCUUACUAUCUCAAAAGAAAGAUUAAUGGACAUAAGAUUGAAUUAGAGAUCAUCCCUGAAGUUGAUCUUUACAAGUGUGAGCCAUGGGAUUUACCAGGGAAGUCACUAUUACCAAGCAAAGAUCUAGAGUGGUACUUUUUUAGUCCUAGAGAUCGUAAGUACCCUAAUGGAUCGAGGACUAAUCGUGCUACUAAAGCUGGGUAUUGGAAGGCCACAGGGAAAGAUAGAAAGGUUAACUCUCAAAUGCGUGCUGUAGGUAUGAAGAAAACCCUAGUUUACUACAGAGGUAGAGCUCCUCAUGGUGCUAGAACAGAUUGGGUUAUGCAUGAAUAUCGCCUUGACGAAAGAGAAUGUGAAAUUCCUACUGGCUUACAGGAUGCAUAUGCACUUUGCCGUGUAUUCAAGAAGAGUGCAAAUAUUCCCAAGAUUGGAGAGCAUUAUGCAUCAACAUCAAAUCAAAUGGCAAGUGAACAUUCUUCUAGCAUUGAGCUAUAUUCUGAAGGUAGAUGUGAAGAUUUUGAGAGCUCAAAUUAUCAAAUGCCAAUAGACACAUCUUCACCCUCCAUUCCCAAUGGAUCUCCUCUUCAUCACCAUCUUGAUCAAACAAGAGAUCAUGGGAAAUGGAAGCCAUUUAUACCAGAAGAUCCUUUUAGCUUCUCUUCUUCUCCAUCCUUUUCAAAUUAUGGGUCCAUUCCUUACCCACCAUCCAAGGUUGAUAUAGCAUUAGAGUGUGCAAGAUUGCAGCAUAGGUUUUCAGUUCCUCCAUUGCAGGUGGAGGACUUCCCUCAAGUUGGACUUACUGACAUGAAACUGAUGCGCUCCAUUUCCAUGCACGAAAACUCAAAUCGGACAGAUAUUCUGCAGGAAAUUCUUUCGGUAGCUCAUGCAUCUCAGGAACUGAUAAAUCAAUCUAAUAUUCAGGAUACGUGGGGUGGAAAUUAUUCUUCUGAUAAUAAUGAUUUCACUUUCAUAGCUGGGAAAGAUGUUCAUGGUAAUUUCUACAGCGACAUGAAUUCAAUAAGAUGUAUUGACAAAUCAUGGGCAGAUCCUAAUGUAAGAUAUACAGAGAUUGGAAAUCUGGAUGAAGGAUUCAAGACAGAGAGGAUGGUAGAAAACUUGAGAUGGAUAGGAAUGUCAAAUGAAGAACUUGAGAAAAGUUUCAUGGAGGAACACAAGGUUGUCCCAGUAGAAAAUAUUUCAAGUUUCCAAAGUAGGGAAGAGCAUGAAAUUCAAGGUUCAUUUACAGGAAACAAUGUGCAUAACGAAGAAGACUGCAUGGGAUUCAAUGACACAGAUGAUUAUUCACUAGAAUUCAUCAACGAUGAUGCUAACGCUAACUUCAUAGGUGAAGGAAAUGUGGAUGAUUUAGCAAGUUCACCAAGUUUUGAAGUUGUUGAAGAGAUCAAAGUUAACCAUGGAAUGUUUGUUUCGACUCGCCAAGCAGCAGAGACUUUCUUUCACCAGUUAGUUCCCUCUCAGACUGUCAAGAUCCAUCUAAACCCAGAAACGGCAGAGAACUUCUCAGUAGAGAAAGUAGACAUGCAAGCACAAGUGAAAAGAUUCAAGACAGUUUCCAAGGACAGCAAGUUUAACAUGGGAAUCAGCAAACUGAUACAACCUUGGAAGAAAAUUGCAAGAACUAUUAUCUGUAUGAUUGUGAUUCUCUUGCUGCACUGUUUGUAUAUGGGGAAUGAGAAGCUGACGGUGCAUGGUUUGAUGGAAAAUGGAAGUGGAGAAGAGAUGAGGGUUUGCCCUAAGAACAAGAAAAAUAUACAACAGAGAAACAAAUGGAUCGAUGACAAGAAAGAAAACGAUUUGCUGGUUAUUAUAAGAGGUGGGAAUAGAUUUAGUGUUAUCCUAAGGAAGUUAGGGCUUUUUCUAACCGUUUCUUUGGCUCUGUGUACCAUGUGGUUUAACCAUAUCAUUCUUACCUCCUGAAUUUUUUAUUUUUUUCUUUUUCUCUUUUUCAGUUUUUAAUUUUAAUUUUUUUCCUUUUUUUCCUUUUUUUUUUUUUUUUUUUAUAUCUAACGAUAUACAGUUGUUAAUUUGGAAGGUAGACAUAGGCCUUCUCCAAUGCUGAAGGCAGAUCCCUUCUUAUAUAUUUUUAUGAAUACAUACUGAUACAUGUAAUUGAAUAAUUGUAACUGAAUUAGAUUAAUGGAAUUUAUUUUCAUUGUUUUC